AUGAAGUUUCUUCUGGAAUUCCUAUACCUUUUAAAUAUCUUCUUUUCGACUUACAGUCUUGGCCAAGGUCAAACCUACGCUCCCCAGAAUGCAGACUGCCCAGCUACUUCUUUAAUACGCACAGCAGGUACCGUUGCAUCUGGAAACCAAGCUUUGGGAGCGAAAGAGUCGUUAUAUAUAGAAGAGCGGCGGAAAAAGGCAGUGCCGGAGGCUUACCGGGAAUACUGGAGAAACGUGGAAUCCUCUGUGCGGCGUAACCGAGCUCGUCUUCCGGAAUAUGUCAAGAGUAUUCUCCUCGGCCCAUCCGAUCACCUCCCGAGAGUCUCUGGCGCACUUUCCGGUGGCGGCUUACGUGCAAGCUUUGUUGGAGCGGGUAUUCUGAACGCGCUGGAUGGUAGAAACCAGACCUCUGCGAGCAGAGGCACUGGCGGUCUCCUCCAGGCUAUGGAUUACCUAACCGGUCUAAGCGGCGGGGCUUGCUUGGUGAUGUCAAUGUCACAAGCCAACUUUCCUGGCAUUUAUGACCUUACCCUAGGCUCCAUCACUGAUGAAACUGAAGGCUGGCUGGCUGACAUGGAUUUUGUGGCUCCCGCAGGCUUAAACAGGAUUUUGGAAAAUCCCAUUUUCUUAGACACCAAGUGGUGGUCGACUUUAGGCUUUCAAGUGAGCCAAAAAGCGCUUGCAGGAUUUGACGUCACGUUAGGCGAUAUCUACUCCCGUAUUCUGGCAUAUCACUUUGUUAGUGGAACGACCAGAGACAAUUUCUUUGACCCUCAAGCCGAACACGGACUUGAGCAAAGCCUUUCUGAUUUAGCAACGCAAGAAUCAAUAAGGAGCUACUCUCAGCCUUUCCCUAUCAUUACAUCAGUUGCGGAGUCGCCUGGGCAGGGUCCAAUAGUCCAGAGAGGGGAUGCGGUACCGCUCAGCAACAAUCAGUACGAAUUCAACAUGUACGAAUCCGGCUCUUGGGACCCUAACCUGGCCAGUUUCAUCGACACAGCCUACCUAGGAAGCUCGCUCGAAAACGGACAACCGUCUAAAGCAAAAGGAUGCGUAAACCAAUUUGAUAACCUAGGCUUUCUAGUAGCUGCUUCUUCCAAUAUCUUUCGAAAAUACGAUGCGUUUGCAACUCUUUUCCAGCCUAAAUCCUAUCGUCCGUUCCUACCGGCACUGAAGGGAGUGCUUUCAUUAAUUCCGAAUCCAUUUUAUGGUUUGGGUACAGCCGAAUAUCUGGAUCGAAAAAGUAAAACUUUGAGCUUGAUGGAUGGCUCUUUUGGAGGUGAAAACAUUCCGUUUGCUCCUCUGCUAGUUCCAGCUCGGGAAGUCGACGUCAUAGUAGCCUUCGACGCUAGCGACGAUGCCAAUGGAUGGCCUGAUGGAACGUCACUCAAGGUGACAUCAGCUCGUUCAAAGUUAUUCCCUAAUGAGGCAUACCCGUUUCCCCGUAUUCCGGAAAAGCUAUCCCAGAUUAAUAUCACCCAGCCCACGAUUUUUGGAUGUGACGAACCUGAAGUUCCUCUAGUUAUUUACAUCCCCAACUCACCCCCGACGGACGGGUCAGCAACAGCGACUAACUUACCAACCGCUUCACUCGAAGUAUCACAAUACCGUGCCUUGUCUCUUAUCGAAGGUGGCACAAAGCUUGCCACUCGUGGAAUAUCCAACGAUCCUAUUUGGUCCGGUUGUUUGGCCUGUGCCCUUGUUGAUCGCAGUAGAGGAAGAUUAGAAGUCCAGCGUCAGGGUCUCUGUUCUGAUUGCUUUCAGCGUUAUUGUUUCCAUUCAGUGUGA